ACUGUGUUGUUGGCGCUAGCGUAGUGACAGCUAGGUCUCAGGCGUUAAGAUAUCAAACUUUUAAUCUCUUUUAUCAAACAGUAUUAUGUUUAGAUAUUCUUUGCUAUAACCAUGUAAAACAACGACUCUAACUUGAGAUGAUUGUCUUUCUUUUUAGUUAGCGUUUAGGGAAUAGCUGGCUACUAAACUAGCCUGAUCAUUAACCAGAGCUAUAGAGCUCCUAACAUCAGUAGCUUCUUUUAACAUGGAUGCGGAUUUGCUUCUUGCCAUAGAGCUACAAGAACAGUUUGACAAUGAAUACCAGACAUCCCUUUUUCCCUUCGAUGGAUGUGAAAACAAUCCAUUCGAGCAAAGCAGCAAGAAACGUAAAGUGGAGACCGCUGGAGGAGGUAGCGAUGUUGUUCCCUACUGGAAGCCGAAAGCGCAGCCCGAGAGACCGCUGUCGAUUGUGGACGAGUCCUGGGAGACGCUAGACCCAAAUCCCGAUGUUAGAUCCAUGUUCCUGGAAUUUAAUGACAUGUUCUUUUGGGGAAAGCUCAGUGGGGUGGAAGUGAAAUGGAGCCCAAGGAUGACAUUAUGUGCAGGGGUUUGUUCCUAUGAGGGGCGAGGUGGGCUGUGCUCCAUCAGACUGAGUGAGCCCUUGUUGAAGUUGAGACCUAGGAAAGAUUUAGUGGAGACACUGCUCCAUGAGAUGAUCCACGCUUUGCUGUUUGUGACUCAAAACAAUAGAGACAGAGAUGGACACGGACCUGAGUUCUGUAAACAUAUGAAUCGUAUCAAUCAGGCCAGUGGGACCAAGAUCUCGAUCUACCACAGUUUCCAUGAUGAGGUUGAUGUGUAUCGGCAGCACUGGUGGCGUUGUAAUGGUCCCUGUCAGAACCGUAAGCCUUACUUUGGUUAUGUGAAAAGGGCCAUGAACCGGGCCCCGUCCCACCUAGACCCCUGGUGGGAAGACCACAGGAGGACGUGCGGCGGUACCUACACGAAAGUGAAAGAGCCUGAAGGAUACGGCAAAAAGAAGGCCAGUAAACAGGAUAAGAAUUCUGCACCUGAGAAACCAACUUCUACCUUAGGCAAAGAAAAGACUGAAAAUAGCAAGCUUUCAACUUCAGGUUCUCAGGACAUAAGAAACAUGCUCCCAUUCAGUGGAAAAGGAUUUAUUCUUGGAGGAAAGUCCCAGCAAUCCACAUCUUUCUCUGCAUCUGUCAAACCGUCCGCAACUGUCUCCUCUCCUCUGAAAACACUUACUACAUCUCCUAUUAAAAUCUCCACCCCUUCACCAAUUCGCUCAGGCCUGGAAACCAAAGCUACCUCAAGUGCCUGUCCUUCUGCCAGACCAAUUCACAAACCUCCAACAAAACGGUCUGUCAGUAACACUAAGGUUUUUGUAAACAUCAAUGGCUCCCCUGUUAGAAUAUCCAAAUCUUUUAGCAGCAAUACAGGCAGUGAUGGAGCAGAGAAGGUGCGACAAAGAUUAAUUGGAGACCUUUUUAACAAGUCAAAUUCUCAAACUUCUACAACAGUCCCAAAUUUUACCCCAUCCAAAUCAACACCAAGCAAAUCUAUUCAUUCAAAGUAUCCUCCGGUCAUUCCAACUAAUAAUAGUCCAAAGAAAGCAACACACUCCAAGUAUUUUAAUGAGGCUAACACUAAUAGGGCUUCAACGGAUGGUCAGGGGUCAAAGAAGAGGCCAUGGGAGGACAGCCGAAGCUCCGCCAGCAUUUUCGACUACUUUCAAAAGACUGUAGGAGGCAACUCAAUGGACUUGAUAAGUGCGAAUUCAUCCAAGCCAAAAAGUGCAACAGCCACAACUUCAGCCCCUCCUCAAACCUCUAUGGGACCAAACAGUGCUUCCUCUCAAUCCUCCUCUUCAUCAGCAGUGAUGGUCAGCUGUCCCGUGUGUCUGGUAAAAGUUCAAGAGGCCAAGAUCAAUGAACAUUUGGAUUCUUGUCUCAGCUGAAUUCUAGGCACAAAGUUUGAAGAGUUGCAAUAAAACUUCAAGUGUUUCAGGCUGCAGUGUUAAGUUGUGGUUGCCGUAAAAUACGGUUUAUUCAAAAAUAGUUUUAGUUUUUCAGAAAUGUUUUCCUUAAAUGUGGUACAGUUAGGUCUGUCAAUAACAAAUUAUUAAGUGCAAUAUAUUGCUGAAGUAAACAAUAAAAUUGAAACCAACCCAUAAAGCAGAAUUAUCACUGAAGUAGUUAGGUUGCAUCUAUAAUGAGUCACAGAAGUUGAUAAUUCCAUCCAUCAACAGCUGAAUUCACAUCGUAAUACAGAAAAAUAACCCAAAUUUUGCCACUAGUACAGUGAAAAAAUGCCCAUGAUAACUAUUGCCCUCCAAAAAUGAUUAUUCUAUCUUUCAUGUAUUGAACAAUAAGUCAAUAUAGUAAUUAUGACAGGCUUAUGUACCUUCAGAAUACACUGAAAUUCCACAUUCUGUUAAAAAACACAAAUAUAAUGGACAAAAUGGUAAAAUAUGUUAAAAUUCAUUUUUUUUAUUUUUUUUUUUUUACAGUAUAGUUUUUUAGUGUGCAUGCCUUAGUUAAUUGACACUUUUGUGCCUUGGACCACUAGAAUGCUAUUGUUUACAAAAAUAAGAGUUAUACUUGAAUUUUUGUGUUUGAAUUUAAUAUUUUAUAGAUAUUUGUAUCAUGUCGAAUCUUAUCUACUGACGCUUAAAUGUGUUUUUAAAUGUGCAUUGUUUUAAUAAAAUGAAAAUAAGAUCUAC